CACGGUCGACAAGGGCCUGGUCCUUUCGUUAUUGAGAUUGGAAAGCUGCCGAGUGAAAGUUUGGGAGCUGAAUUAGUUUCCUUCGGCGACCCUGGCACAGGACGUCCUCGACUUCUUAUCAGUCAGAUUCGAGAUGGAAGUAUUGCCGAUCGAUGUGGAGCUCUACAGGUCGGAGAUGUGAUUGAAGCAAUAAAUGACAUCUCUACCGAUGAACUCGACGUUACUGAGGCUGUUCAGCUGUUGGAUAGGGGAGGUUCAGCAACCAUCAAAAUACAUCUCACGCCCUGUCCAGAAAAUAAUGAAAUGAUUGUGGGUUUAACAAGCACUCGACUAACAACGGAAAUCAGAUUUAAGGGCACUGACAUCCUUAAACCCUGCUACCUUGUUAUCGGUGAAAAAGUUCGCUCGCUAAUGAAAUAA